AGUGAGGGAUUUCUCCUCAACACACCCACAGUGCACAGCAGGUCUCUGCCCGCAGCCAGAACCUCCUCCGACAUGGCGAGCAGCAGGGCCCAGAGCGCCUCCACCCAGAUCUGCACCGAAGUGAGUUUUUUUCAACGUCUGGAGCCUGAUAACACAGAGAGUCAUGAGGAUUCCAGAGAAUACUGCUAUGGUCUGCAAAUCUAUGGAGGCUACCACCCUGUACAUGUUGGGGAUGUUUUUAACAAAAGGUACCAGGUUCUAUCCAAGCUGGGCUGGGGCUACUUCGCUACAGUGUGGCUCUGUGUGGACCUCAGGUCCGGCAAGCAUGUAGCAGUUAAGAUCCUGAAGAGUGGCUCUGGCUUCACCCAGGCAGGCCAAGACGAGCUAACACUACUUCGCUGCGCGAGUGGUCCCGCAGGCCGCCACCCUCAGAGAGACCGCAUUGUGCAGUUGCUGGAUGAGUUUAAGAUAGCAGGUGUUAAUGGCGUCCACAUGUGUUUGGUCCUGGAGCUGCUGGGGCCAGACUUGCGUUGUUGGCAGGUGUGUUUUGGGAAGCCUGGUCUCUCGCUCGCCUGCGUCAGAAGCCUCAUCACUCAGGUUCUUGAGGGUCUCGACUACCUGCAUACCAACUGUAAGAUCAUCCACACGGACGUCAAGCCAGAGAACAUUCUGCUCUGCCCGUGCCGGCAGCCUUCGACUUGUAAAACAGACAUCAAGGGAAGACAAGGUAACAUUUCGGUGAAGAUUGCAGACCUCGGUAGCUCCUGCUGGGUGUACAAGCAUUUCUGUGAAGAGAUCCAAACUCGGCAAUAUCGCUCGCUAGAAGUUCUGCUGGGCUCUGAUUAUGGCCCCCCUGCUGACAUCUGGAGUGUAGCCUGCAUGGCUUUCGAGCUAGCCACUGGUGACUCUUUGUUUGAGCCCAAAGCCGGGAAGAACUUUUCUUUAGAAGAAGAUCACCUUGCACAUAUCAUUGAGCUCAUGGGAAAGAUCCCUGCGUCAGUGGCUCUGUCUGGUAAAUAUUCAUCUGAGUACUUCAACCACAAAGGAGACCUCCAGAGAAUUCCCAUCCUUCGUCCAUGGGGGUUGUAUGAUGUCCUGGUGGAGAAAUAUCACUUCCUUCUCCAAGAGGCCUCUCUCUUCUCUGACUUCCUGCUCCAGAUGCUGGACUUCCUGCCAGAACGGAGGCCAACGGCAGCUCAGUGUCUUCAACACACGUGGCUAAAACUGUGACUGUACACGUCACCUUUGACCUAUUUCUUCCUUUAAUAUAGUGAUUGGGUUGAUAACGGAAUUUCACAUUGUUUUGCCUUAGCAAAUUGCUCGUAUUUGGUUGUGAUGCUUAUAUUAAAAAAAUAAUAAUAAAACAGGUUUUUAUGUUUGACAGAUGAUUGAACAAGAUUUCAGACUUCAUCAUGUAAACAACAAAGUUCAGGUAGCACUGGAUUUUUAAAGCUGACUGCUUUGUGUAACAUUGAUAUUUUGGAGAUCAACUAGAAGACAUGACCAUAUACAUUCCACAUAUUAAACAUGACAUUUUUUGUUUUAAUUGUGUCAUAUAACAAAUUUUAAGAGAUUAUACAGUGUUGUUGAGGUAUUUUGUUUCUUUACUGGACAAUACUGGUUAAUCUUGGUGCCAAGAUAUUUCUCUUUGGUUAUUUAACCAACCUACUGUUAUUACUUCAGCUAACUAUGUGCUAAUUUUGAAUAAUAUACAAUGAAUAUAUGAAAAAAAUGA